AAUAAUUAAAAGAAGAAAAAAAAACGUUUUCAGCCAACAAGCUACGUCACUUCCGGGAUGUAUGGGAGAGCAAAAUGACAGCUGGUUUGUUUUUAUCAACAAGGAAAAAUCAGAGUAAACAUCAAAGUGUCAUGUGGUGAAUGCACUCCCGAGUCUUCCCUUUUCUGGCCUGGUCCAGAUCAAAUCCUGACAACUGACCAAAGAAGGGUACCAACAGUUUGUCUGGAGACCAUCAGCCCUACCAGCCACUCUGGAGCCAUCUGUGCAAAGACAGAAGAAGACAGUGAGCAGUGACAGUGGUCAAAUCAAGGAAGACGUCUCUUCGGUUGAGGGGGAGGCUGUUCAGCGGCUCGGAGCCAUGGAGCCACCAGAGGACAUGGAGGGUCGUACCUUUGUGGAGGUGAUGAGUGAAAAGUACAGCCCAGAGAACUUUCCAUACCGCAGAGGGCCUGGUAUGGGGGUUGUGGUGGUGCCCACUGUGGUUCCUCAGGGCUCUCCUAUGAAAGACCGCCUGAACCUGCCCAGUGUGCUGGUGUUGAAUAACUGUGGGAUCAGACGGGCGGGAGACCAGGCUGAGAUUGCUGCCUUCUGUGCCCACGUCAUUGAGCUGGAUCUGUCUCAUAACAAGCUCCAGAACUGGCAUGAGAUCAGUAAAAUCGUGUCCAGCAUCCCCAACCUGGAGUUCCUGAACCUGAGCUCCAACCCUCUGGCAGGAAUGUCCCUCGAGCCUCGGUGUGCUGAAGCCUUCUCCCGAGUCCGACGCCUCGUCCUCAAUAACACUCAAGUGUCCUGGGACACCGUGCUGCAGCUCACCAGGGAGAUACCUGAGUUGGAGGAGUUGUUCCUGUGCCUUAAUGAGUACAGUAGUGUGAGUGCCUCCAGUGUGGCCUGCCCCACCUUACGCCUGCUUCACAUCACCGACAACAGCCUCAAGGACUGGGCUGAAGUCCGCAAGUUUGGCUUCAUGUUCCCUAGCCUGGACACUCUGGUCAUGGCCAACAACAACUUGGCUUCCAUUCAGGACAACAAGGAUAUUCUGCAACGGCUCUUCCCCAACCUACGCAGCAUGAACCUGCACAACUCAGGUCUCAACCGAUGGGACGACAUUGAGAAGUUGAACUUCUUCCCGAAGCUGGAGGAGGUGCGGCUGCAGGGCAUCCCCUUACUACAGGCCUACACCAAUGCAGAGCGACGCAGCCUCAUGAUAGCACAGCUUCCUUCAAUAUCGCUGCUAAAUGGCAGCGUUGUGACUGACAGUGAGAGGGAAGACGCAGAGAGGUUUUUCAUCCGUUACUACUUAGACUACCCUGAGGAGGAGCUGCCUUACAGAUACCAUUCACUGGUAACCAAGUAUGGAAAGCUGGAACCACUCGCUGAGAUUGACCUCCGACCUCGCUGCCAUGCCCAGGUGGAGGUUCACUGUGAGGAAAAAGUGGAACAGCUGAACAUCCGUUUGGACCAGACAGUAGCUGAACUAAAGAAACAGCUAACAACAGUGGUCCAGCUGUCCACCAACAGCAUGAGGAUCUAUUACAUCAACAAAUGCAGCGCCUUUGGCCCAGAGGAAAUGAAGUACAACACCCGGGCUCUCCAUUCCUACAGCAUCCAAGAUGGUGAUGAAAUACUUGUGGUGCCUAAGACCAAAUGAACAGCCGGUGUCCUACUGGCUGAUUAGAUUGACUCAUUGAAUGAUUGAUUGAUUUAUUGAUUGAUUGGAUUAUUUGUUGAUUGGUUAAUUGAAGUCACAAAAUAAAUGGGAAAUGCAUAUGGGACAGCAUCAGUGGCCCACUUGGAAUAGAGAGAGUAAAACAAAAAUAUUAUGUGAACAUCAUCAUGAAGACUGCACAGUGGACUACAGUGGGCUGCUGGGAGGCUCCGGCUAAAAAAUGCAGCCAGAGAAUUUUAAGGACUUUAUUUAUUUCAGCUUUAUUUGAGGGCAUCCACUGGAGUUAGUGGACAAAUCUGUCACACUGGAGAACAAGCUGAGAGAGCAACUCGCAGUCAGCUAGCAGCUUAAGCAAGAGGGGAGGGCACUGCUGUGCCAGCAAAGCAGCUCCAUCUCUUAGUACACGGCAUGUACAAUAGCACCUGCAUAGGCAAGUAUCCAUCACCACUGGCUUGCCCUCUCGCAAAAGCUACACAGAUUAGUAGUGAAGCAGUGCUGCCGAGUGGAGAGAGAGAGUGCUGCGCUCAUCUGCACUGUUAGUGGCCACAAUGUCAGGAUUGAGCAGCAGUUGCUAAAGGAAAAAUCCUGCCUAAAACACUGCAGGAGUUCUUGAUGAAACAAGCUUUUUUCGGUCCAUUUUGUUGUUCAGUGGUGGUUUUUUUUUGCAUUUCUGUGUAUAAUUGCCAAAGUUAUGAGAUGAGUUAUGAGAUGCUACAUCACAAAAAAUGCAAAAGGCCCUACCUAGCAGUGUUUUGUUUUUUGUCCAUUCUGGGCUACUGUAGAAACAUGGUGGUUCAAUGUAGGCAGACUGCGUGUAAGAGUCUAUUUCUGUAGAUAUAACAAGUUUAUUCUAAGAUAAAAAAAACAACAAUUCUUAUUUUCAGUUGAUUAUACACUAAUGAAAAUAUAGUAAUGAAUAUUAUACUCCAUUUCUACCAAUAGAUCCUCCUAGAUGUUACACACUGGACAUUUUAAGACGUACAGUACCUGCCAAGUUUGGACACACCUUCUCAUUUGAUGUUUUUUCUUUAUUUUUAUUAUUCUACAUCAUACAUUAACUCUGAAGACACCAAAACAAUGAAAGAACACGCAUGGAAUUAUGUGUUAAACAAAAAAGCGUGAACAAAGAAAAAUGUGUUUUUUAUUUAAACUCCAACAAAAGGUAGCCACCCGUUGCUCUGAUAACAGCUUGGCACACUCUUGACAUUCUCUCAAUCAGCUUCAUGAGGUCAUCACCUAGAAUAGUUUCCCAGCAGUCUUGGAGGAGCUCCCAUAUAUGCUGAGCACUUGUUGGCUGCUUUUCUUUCUCUUUUGUGAUCCAACUCAUCCUCAAACCGCUUCACUCGGGUUUGGUUUGGGUGAUUUUGGAGGUCAGCUGAUGCAGCACUCCAUUACUCUCCUUCUUGGUCAACUAGCCCUUGCAUAUCCUGGAGGUGUGUUUUGAGUCAUUGCUGAAAAAACAAUGGUAGUCCUACUAAGCACAGACUAGAUGGGAUGCCAUGUAGCUGGAGUAUGUUAUGGUAGCCGUGCUGGUUAAGUGUGCCUUGAAUUUUUAAUAAAUCGGCAAAUCCCCCCCACACCAUCACACCUCCUCCAUGCUUCAUGGUGGGAACCACACAUGCAGAUAGCAACUGUUCACCUUCUCUGCAUCUCACACAGGCACAAUUUGGACUCAUCAGACCAAAGUGCAGGUUUCUGCUGGUCUACUGUCCAUUCUUUGUCCUUCUUGGCCCAAACAUUUUUCUUCUUCUUGUUGGUCUCCCUCAGUAGUAGUUUCUUUGUAGUAAUUUGACCAUGAAGGCCUGAUUCCCAGUCUCUGAGCAGUUGAUGCCGAGGUGUGUUACUUGAACUCUGUUAAGCAUUUAUGUGGGCAUUUACUGGGGUGCUUUUAAUUGGUGAUAACUGAGGCUGGUAACCGUAAUGAACUUAUCCUCUGCAGAAGAGGUAACUCUUGGUUUUCUUUACUCUUUUUUGGUCUUUUCUGGAGUUUAAUGGGUUUUGUCUGGGUGUUGAAGACACAUUCAAAGUUUUUCAAAUGUUCUGGACUGACUGACCUUCAUGUCUUAAAAUAAUAAUGGACUGUUGUUUCUCUUUAAUUAGCUGGGUUAGGGUUAUGGCUCUUGACAUAAUAUGGAUUACUGCAGUAGUCAAAUAAGGCUAUUUUCUGUAUACGAACACUACCUCUAAACAACAUAACUGUUAAUUGAAAACCAUUCUAGGUCACUACCUAAUGAAGCUGAUUAAGAGAAUGCCGGAAGUGUGCAAACCUGUCAAAAACAUAUUUUUCCUUGAUUACAUUUUUUUGUUUACAAUGUAGAAAAUACAAAAAAAAAAACAUUGAAUGAGAAGGUAUGUCUUUCACCACAUUUUUCUAAAUGAUAGUUUGUGUCUAAUAUGGUUUUUCCACAAACGAAAAGUUAGAAAUGUAUAAUCACCUUUGAGUUGAGGAGAGUUACUGGUUUGGAGGCCUCAGAAUGGUAUCUCUUCUGUUUGCAGAUGAUGUGGUUCUGUUGGCCUCAUCAGACUGAGACCUUUAACACAAACUGGGAUAGUUUGCGGUCGAAUGUGAAACAGUUGGGAUGAAAGUCAGCUCCUCUGAGUCUGAAGCCAUGGUUCUCUGCCAGAAAAGAGUGGAUUGCUCCCUCUGGAUUGAUAGUGAGUUGUUGCCCAAAGGGUAGGAGUUCAAGUAUGUUAGAGUCUUGUUCACAAGUGAGGGUAAAAGUUAAACAGGUCAAUUUGGAGCAAUGUAUGUUGGCAUUGUACUGGACUGUUGCUGUUGAAGAGGGAACUGAGCCAUGAGGCAAAGCUUUCGAGUCACCAGUCAAUAUAUGUUCAACCAACCCUCACGUGAGGGUCAUGAACUUUGGGUGCUAAAAGAAAGCAUGAGAUUGCAAAUACGAGGCGGCCAGAAUUAGUGGUGUAUGGUUCAGAUAGGGUAAGGAGCUUGAAGUAGAGCUGCUGCUUCUUCACACUGAAAGGAGCCAGUCGAGGUAGUUUGGGCAUCUAAACAGCGGAAUCCUGAUUGUUCUGGACGCCUUCCUUUGAAGGUUUAUUGGGCAUGUCAGAGUAGGAGACCCUGGGAUACACCCAGUACACACCAGAGAGAUAAUAUGUCUCAUAUGGCUUGGGAAGGCCUGGGAAUCCCCCCAGGAGGAGCUGCGGAGCAUCCCUAGGAAGGGGGACAUCUGGACUACCUUGCUUAGCCUGCUGCCAGCAGAGGCCGACCCCGCACACGUAGGAGAAGAUGGUUCCCUUUUUCAAUGACCAAGAUCUGAUGUUACUGCGCUUUUUUUUUGUCACAAAACACCUUCUACACAGAUGUAUACACUCACACAUACACACAUAGGUUGCCACAAAGCAGCUGUUGUGUCAUAUUAUGUGCUGCCCUCUACAGGCAUCACAGUGUCUUUAAUAAAGAAUGUGCUCUGCCAUUACAGUAACCUCACUAAAGAACUAACACACACACACACACAGGAGAGCACCCAAAAGACAAUCUAUCAUGCACAUUAUGUAUAGGAGCACAACUUGUGUAUUUAAAACAUCAUAUAAGUGCAAAUACGAUUAUAUAUUUAUCCAUCUAUCCAUUAAGUACACCUGCCUAUUCAGAUCAUUUUAAUUCAUCUGUGUACAUUUUCGGGAGCAGGAUGAGGUUGAGAGCUUGUCAUUAACUUGUGUGUUUAUGGUCAUUUUAAAGGCACGUUGUAGCAAUGUGGUUUCAUCAAAUUCCAUGUGAUUUUAAAGUUUUUUUCCGUUAUUGAUUUCUGAAUAGUUUCUAUGCUUUUAAGAUAUUGACAUUCCAUUUUUUUUCUCAUGUAAGUUAAAUCAUUACAUAAUUUCUUUAAAUAGUUGAAUAUUCUUCUGAAAGAGGCAGUUUUUUAGUUUAGUGUAUGUGUAUGCACAUUUAAAUUCCCCAUUAUUCAGUAAAAUAUUCUAUAGUAUAUGGUAUUUUAUACCAUAGACAUUUCACUCCAUCCUGCCCAGAAAUACUUCCACCAAAGAUAGCUCAUUAGGUAUUAUUAUUAUGAAAUAUAGACAAUAUAAUAAUGUAUUAAUUUUAUUAUGCAGCCUCCACCUUUUAUAAGAGAAGCAUUGAUGUUUGAUGUUUUAGUGCUAUUGAUUUUUCCUAUAGCAAAGAACUUAGCAGAGUAUGGGGUUCCUGACAGUGCGCAGUGUUAUGACUAUGGAUGCCGCCGAUUCAUCCAAAUUAAAUAUUGACAUAUAGUGGCUGUUAGGAAACAAAUAUGUGUUUGGGCUGUACUCUCAGUUCAUCCACUGUUAAUAGGAAACAGCUCAGUGUGCCACAGCCUCGGCUCUUUUUAAGUGUUUUACCCUCCGAAAGUAUCAAUAUCUCAAGUAUGUAAAUGCCACAAUAUUUCCUUCUUUACUGUUUUAAUUUAUCUGUUUUAUUUAGUAACACAACUGCUAUACUUGAAUACUAGAGGGUGUGAUAGAAUAAGACUAUUGAAUCAGUAUGAAGGUGUAGCAACGACACACAGCAGGGUAGAUGAAAAGAGUUAAGAUACUGGGGACCUGUUUUGUAUUUAUUUUUAUCACAGUAGUGCUGAAUAAAUGUUAGCAUAGCAUGAACCACAGCCAUAGAAACCAGCACAGAGGGAGGCAGCAGUGCAAUGCUGGGACCAACUAAAGUAUUGAGUUAUAGGGUCUGUGCUAAUCAGUGUGAGAUUUGUUUGAAGUGAGAACAUGUGGGUGGGUGAUUUCUUCUUUUUUAAAUUAAUUAAUUAAUUUAUUUAUUUAUUUAUUGUAUGCAUGUUAUUUAUUAACUUCACGUGUUUGUGAGGAAAGUGGUCACUAUGCCUGAGUAGAUUUAUGGAAUAAUGAAGUUGAUGGAAUUUUGUUUUACAUUAAGCCCAUAAAAAUAUUUGAAGUCUUGAUGUAAAUGUAUUGUUUACCUGUUGGGUUCAUCCUGAUUAGUUUUUUUAAAUAAUAAUAGUAUGUUAUCAUGUCAUUAAUUGUGUCCAUUGCUUAUUGUCUGACCUGCUACAAGCCAUAACAUUUUGGCUAAGGCAUUUUACAGCCCUUAAAGCCCCUGAAAGUAUUUCCCUGUAACAUUAAAGAUUCAUGACUAAUAAAGCAACAAUCAAAGUUAGGAACAAAAAGAUGCGUAACUCGACUAAUCUGGUUCAUCAAGAGUAUGUGGUUGUGUUUGAUCAGAUUUGAUUGACAGUGGCCUGAAGAAAUAAACUAUCAACAGAUGCCAUCACGUUUUGAGUGAAAUUCUGAUUGGUACAUUGUGUGACAUCACCUACUACUACUACCCAUCACAAACUGAAACUCAUUCAAACACCUAUCCCAUAGGUUAAUGUGAAAACAGACUCUCUGGACCUUUUAAAGAAAGAUUCCAUAACACACCACUUUGUAAUUGGUUUUUCUUUUGCCUUGUCUGGCCCAUCAAUAGUAAACAUCAGGUUUUGCUAUCAGCCCCACAGAAUCCUGAUGUGAGGCCUUACACAGCCCCCUUUUAUUUAUCAUUCAACAAUUAGAGACAGAGAUGACGAUAAUAGAUCAGAAUGCAUUACAACCACCAGUCUGUUCAUAUUGUAAAAAUCUGAGCAAACAAGAAGCCCACAGUUUAGAUCACUCAGAAGUGCAAUAUCAGAUCUGUUUAAAAAAAAUGAAACACUCCUCUGUUAGAUCACGCCUUGCCCCCUGCAAUGGAGAUAAUUCAUACAUUGAUAAGCUCCACAUAUCCUUUGCUUAAUUGAAUACUCAACACAUAAUAAAGACAUCUGGCAGCUUCAGCACAGCACAUCCUGUUUGAAUGGAAACCCGUGAAACUAAAUAGAUACUUGCAAGUCUGAAUAUACCAGUAAAUACACACGUUGAGUCAAUGUCUGCCUCUAAAAGGAGUGCACCUGAGCUCACGUGGAUCUCAGAUGGACUAUAUUUGUCUCUGAUUAUAGUGUUGUAGAUUUUUGAUGGACUAAAUGUGCAGGUUUUAUCCCCCGCUUACACUUAUACACCAGUAUUUAAGCUAAUCAGUUCACUCAACUAUUGUAACACAGGACUGUUCAUAAUCUGUGGCAAUUAAAUGAAUACAUUUUUUUUUUGUAAGAACCUAUAUGAAGUAUUAAAUGGAACAGAAUGAGUCAUCUUUCUUGUAUUCGUAUAUGUAGAGAAGAUGCAUCACUGAAUGGUAAUAAAUGGCACUCUCCCCCCUCA